AUGCAAUUGUCUGGCACAUGGUCUAUCCUUAAUGGCCUCAUCGCAACAUUAUGUCUGUCGGGGUUAACGCUUGCCAUUGAAUUAGACAUCAAUGAUAAAGAAUCAAUCAAAGAUGCGGCCAGUACGAGUACCUAUUCCAUGAUGGGAUGGUAUGCCGGUAACGAGACUGGACAAAUCCCUGGCUCUUUCCCAACCAAAUGGUGGGAAGGGUCUGCGCUCUUCCUUGCGCUCCUCCAAUACCAGCAAUUCACCGGCGACGAUCAGUACAACGAUGCACUGAGCCAAGGCCUGCAGUGGCAGUCCGGUGACGACGGUAACUACAUGCCCACCAACUACAGUAGCUACCUGGGAAAUGACGAUCAAAUGUUCUGGGGCCUUGCGGCCAUGAUGGCUGCGGAGAUGAAAUUCCCCGAUGUCAAAGGCGGCUUCUCGUGGCUUUCGCUUGCCCAGGGAGUCUUCAACACCCAAACCGCGCGAUGGGAUACAACGAAAUGUGGCGGAGGACUACGCUGGCAGCUAUUCCCUUACCAAAACGGUUACGCCAUGAAGAACUCCAUCUCGAACGGAGGUCUCUUCCAACUGGCAGCGCGUCUUGCUCGUUACACCGAUGACGAAAAGUACACAAAGUGGGCGGAGAAGAUCUGGGACUGGUCGACAUCUUCCGUGCUGGUCAACAACAAGACAUGGAAUGUGGCAGACUCUACGAACAUGGAUAACAACUGCGCCGACGCUGGUAAUUACCAGUGGUCGUACAACUACGGCACAUACUUGAUGGGCUGUGCCUACAUGUACAACUAUACAAAUGGCGACGAAAAGUGGAAGACUCCGGUAGAUGGACUUCUGAAGAAGACAUUCAGCACCUUUUUCCCGCACGGCAACAUUCUCGAAGAUAUCACUUGCGAGCCUAGGAAAAUGUGCAACUUCAACGAGAUUCUUUUCAAGGGCCUCGUUUCGUCCUGGCUCGCUUUCACCAGUAUGCUGGUCCCAGACACAGCCGACCAGAUCAGACCCAAACUGCAAGCCUCCGCCCAAGCUGCGGCGAAAGGCUGCACUGGAAACAACAACCAGACUUGCGGAAUCAAAUGGUACACAAGCGAAUGGGAUGGCACGACAGGAAUGGAGCAGGAGAUCAGUGUGACCAAUGUUUUCCUUGCAAACCUGGUGCAAUUUGGUGGCAUCGAUGGCCCCGUCACCGCCAAUACUGGCGGAGAUAGCAAGAGUGACCCCAAUGCCGGCAGCGAGGGCGGAGAUUCCGAUAAGAACAAGCAGAAGCCCAUCACCAACGGUGACAAGGCUGGCGCUGGUAUCUUGACCACUAUCUUUGUUCUCGGCUGGGCCGGGUCCAUGGCUUGGUUGCUCACUGGUGCUUGA